AUAGCAGCGCCUGUUCCCCGCAGACAUGGCACCUGUCCUCCGAGCGCUCGUGCUCAUCGUGGCUUCGGCGCUCGUGCACGCGGCGCGAGCGGCCCACAUCAAUGACACCUUCUUCGCGGUGACCGUGAGCUCCCGCGUGCGCGGCGGCCAGCAGGAGGCGCUGUGCGCUCAGGUCCACGGCGCCGCGGAGAGCCUCGCCCUCACCGUGGCCCUGCAGACGGACUCCGGCUCCACCGCCAUCCUGGAGCAGACAGUCAGCGAGGACUUCUACCGCUGCGUGACCUUCCAGGUUCCCGCCGUGCGCUCCGCCACCGUGGCGACCGUCAGCGUCACCAUUCGGGGUGCGAGCGCCUCCGUGAGCAGGAACACCAAAAUCCUGGUGGAGCCGGCGUCUUUCAUCCACAUCAUCCAGACCGACAAGCCGCUCUACAAGCCGGGGCAGACGGUCAAGUUCCGAAUCGUCUCCAUGGAUACGAACUUCAUCCCUGUGGAUCGAGUGUAUAAAUUGGUGGAGCUCCAGGACCCCGAGUCAAACCGCGUCGCCCAGUGGCUGGACCGGGCCGGCGGCGGCGGCAUCCUGGACCUGUCCCACCCGGUGAUCGCCGAGGCGGCUCAGGGGAGCUACACCAUCACCGCCACCACGGGCCGAGGGGAGCGGACCUCCCACAGCUUCGACAUCAAGGAAUACGUUUUGCCAAAGUUUGAAGUGACGGUGGAGCUCCCCGCCGUGAUCACCAUCCUGGACAAAGAGGCAACGCUGAAGAUUUGUGGAAAAUACACUUUUGGGAAACCCGUCGUGGGCUCAGCCAAGGCGGAGCUCUGCAGGAGAUCCAGACGGCACCGCUGGUCCUCGCCACGCCGACAGAAGGACGCGUGCCGGACGUACGAGAUGACGACGGACAGAAGUGGUUGCGCCACACGGACCGUGAAGCUGGAGGCGUUCGGCCUCAACGAGACCGCGUUCAGGGACACGUUCGAGGUGACUGCCGAGCUGCAGGAGGACGGCACGGGGGUCGUUCUCAAAGGCUCUGCCCAGACCGGCUUCAGCGUGAGCGUGCGGACGGUGACCUUUGAGGACCUACCCGCGACCUACAAGCCCGGCAUCCCAUUGGAGGGGAAGGUCAAGUUGAUCGGCGCCGACAAGCAGGCCGUCGCCAACGAGGCGGUGUACCUGUCCAGCCACGGGACCGCGACCGCCACGGUCACCACGGACUUGAGGGGCGUGGCCUUCUUCUCUCUGGACACCGCCCUCUGGAACAACACCGUGUUCAUAAAUGCGAGUCCUAGGAAGGAGGAGCCCGCGCGGUAUUUCAGUCACGAGCGCCGACCGGAGUACAGGUCGGCCUCCGCGGAGGUCGUGCCAGUUUACUCCAAGAGCGACAGCGUGGUGACGCUCGUGCCGCCGCGGGCAGAGCUCGCUUGCGACGAAGACGCGACGGUGCGCGCUCGGUACAUCAUCCAGGGGGCGGAGCUAAAGAAGGGACAGGAGGCCGUCGACUUCUUUUACCUGGUGAUGUCCAGAGGGGGGAUCGUGCAGCACGGCCGCGUCCCAGUGGCCGUUACAGCAGGAACUGUCAACAAAGGAGAGAUGUCCGUGACGCUGCACCGGGUCACCGACCUGGCGCCGGUGGCCCAGCUGGUGGUCUACGCCGUGAUGCCCGGCGGCGCCGUGGUGGCCGACAGCCACGACUUCCCCGUGCAGCUCUGCCUCAACAACAAGGUGACCCUGAGGUUCUCCUCUCAGCAGGAGCUCCCUGCGGGGAGGACCCGGCUCCUCCUGCGGGCCGCUCCCGGCUCCCUGUGCUCGGUCCGGGCCGUGGACCAGAGCGUCCUGCUGCUGCAGCCGGAGAGAGAGCUCAGCGUGGCCCAGGUGUACAGCCGCCUGCCCCUCCAGAAGCUGAGUGGCUACUCUCCUGACGUGGAGGAUCCGUCUUCCCGUCUGGACUGCAAUAGUUUCAUGAGACCAGAACCCAAGAACGACGUCUACACCGUCUUCAAAUCAAUAGGAGUCAAACUGUUGACCAACUCCGAUGUGAAAGGACCUCGAGAAUGUUACGAAGCGUUCAUGUACGACGACGACCGCGGUGCUGGUUCUGCUGCUGGUGCUCGUGUUAAAAUGGCGGAGGUAUACAUGGAGCCCAAUGUGGUCGAGCCCGAGGCCGGACCGGCCCAGGACUCUGUUAGAACCUACUUCCCCGAGACCUGGAUCUGGGACCUGGUGCCCGUCGGCGCCGGCGGCUCGGUGGAGGUGGAGCAGACGGUCCCCGACACCGUCACCCGGUGGGCGGCGUCGGCGUUCUGCGUGGCGGCGGCGGGCUUCGGCGUGGCGCCCGGCGUCGGGCUGACGGCCUUCCAGCCGUUCUUCGUGAGCCUCACGCUGCCGUACUCGGUGGUCCGGGGCGAGGCCUUCGCCCUGAAGGCCACCGUCUUCAACUACCUCUCCAAGUGCAUCAUGGUGAACGUCACGCUGGCCGAGUCCGACCGCUACGCCGCCGCGGCCUGCGCCGGCUGCCUCUACAGUGUGUGUGUGUGUGGAGGGGACAGCCGGACCUUCUCCUGGACCCUCAGCCCCACGGCUCUGGGUCAGGUGGACCUGCAGGUCAGCGCCGAGGCCCUGAGGACCGGCUCCCUGUGUGGUAACGAGGUGGCCAUCGUCCCCGACGCGGGCCGGAUCGACACGGUGGUUCGAACCCUGCUGGUGCAGGCUGAAGGAACGCCACAGAUGGUCAGCCACAACGCUGUGCUGUGUCCUAAAGGCGGGUCCGUGGAGAAGAACGUCUCCCUGGUGCUGCCCCACAGCGCCGUGGAGGGAUCGGCCCGGGCCUCCGUCUCCGUCCUGGGGGACCUGAUGGGCCGGGCCAUGAAGAACCUGGACCGGCUGCUGGCCAUGCCGUACGGCUGUGGGGAGCAGAACAUGCUGCUCUUCGCGCCCAACGUCUUCAUCCUGGACUACCUGAAGACCACCGGCCAGCUGACCCGGGCCAUCCGGGACCGGGCCACACGCUUCCUGGAGAGCGGAUACCAGAGGGAGCUCACCUACAAGCACGAUGACGGCUCCUACAGCGCCUUCGGGAAGAGAGACGAGUCCGGGAACACCUGGCUGACCUCCUUUGUGCUGAAGUCCUUCGGGGGGGCGAGGUCGUACAUCUUUGUGGACGAGGGUCACAUGACCUCGGCCCGCCGCUGGCUGUCGGGCCUCCAGCGCGCCGAUGGCUGCGUGCGCUCGGUGGGGAAGCUGCUGCACAACGGCAUGAAGGGAGGCGUGAGCGACGACGUGUCGCUGACGGCGUACAUCAUCGCCGCCCUGCUGGAGCUCCACGGCAACGCCACGGACCUCGUGGUGCAGAAGGGCCUGAGCUGCCUGAGGGAAGCGGUGUCCGGCAAGGUGGACCCCCGAGACCCCCGGGACCCCCUGGACCACCUGUACACCACGGCCCUGAUGGCCUACACCUUCGCUCUGGCCGGAGACGCGGAGAUGAAGAGCAAGCUCGUCACUCACCUGCAUCACAAGUCUGACACCCGAGGCGGCACCCGCCACUGGACCAGAGCCGGGGCUUCUGGGAAAUCCCUGGACUCCCUGGAGGUGGAGAUGACGGCGUACGUGCUGCUGGCGCUGCUCUCCGGCCCGCCCACGCCGGGCUUCGGCCUGGACUACUCCUCUGGGAUCGUCCGCUGGCUCACCCAGAACCAGAACCCGUACGGGGGGUUCUCCUCCACGCAGGACACCGUGGUGGCCCUCCAGGCUCUGGCCAAGUACGGCGCCGCCACCUACAGCGCGCAGGGCGUCACCACGGUGACGGUGGCGGCGCCGGGCGGCGGCGCCCCCGACCGAGAGUUCAGGGUGGAGCAGAGCAACCGGCUGCUGUACCAGGAGGAGCCGCUGAGCCGGGUCCCCGGGGACUACGUGGUCCGGGCCGAGGGCCAGAGCUGCGUGCUGACUCAGAUCUCGUUGCACUACAAUGUCCCGCCUCCUCCUGACUCCUCCUCCUUCAACAUCUCCACUGACAUCAUCGCCAAAUGCAACAUCAGCCGGCCUCAAGUCAUCCUGGUGGUGACGGUCAGGUACCAGGGCAGGCGAGAGGAGACCAACAUGGUGCUCAUCAACAUCAAGCUGCUCUCCGGAUACGCUCUGCACCCGUCGUCCCUGCAGCUGCUGAAGCAGGUCGACGGCGUGCGGCGCGUGGACGUGGAGGACGGCUUCGUCAACAUCUACGUCCGAGAGAUGAAGAAGAGCGAGGAGAGGACUCACCUCCUGACCCUGGAGGAGGACGUGCCCGUCAGGAACCUGAAGCCGGCCGUGGUCAAGGUCUACGACUACUACCAGACAAGCGACGAGGCCGUCACGGACUACACGUCCCCCUGUGGAGAGCACGACGACGUCAACGAGCUGUAGUCUUCGUGGGAAUCGUCGUCUCUCCGUUGGAAGAAAGAAACGUUGUUUAGUUGUUUGAUUCCUCUUCUUAGAACACAUUUUAAACUUCUUGUUCCUCGUUGGAAUUGAACCAACAACCCGCUGAGUUCCAGAAAGCAGACGACACUAACAGUUCUGUUUUGAAUAGAUUUGACAAAAUCCAUAUAAUUCAUACGUGAAGUCACCGCAUGAGACGCACAGGGAACCAAUAACACGUACGGCCCGGGUAUUGAUCCAUUGUGUGUGUGUGUGUGCGACACAGGAUCUGGAGGUGAGUCAUUCUGUACCAGUUUUUAAAAAACAACGGUAGAUUGACACGUCGCUACCAGACAAUAUGAAAUGUAACCGACAAUAAAACGUUCUAAAAUGACAAAUGUAAAAAUUGUACUUCUCUUUAAUACAAUACUGUUUCAAUCAAUA